GACUGGAGCCAGUUGAUAGGCUGCUUGUGGGACCCUUUGUAGCUUCCGGUCUAGUCGUGCGUGUGCGUCUUCCGGGUUUGGGGGCACCAUGAGUACUAUGUUCGCUGACACUGUCCUCAUCGUCUUCAUCUCGGUGUGCACGGCGCUGCUCGCUGAGGGUAUAACAUGGGUGCUGGUUUACAGAACAGAGAAAUACAAGAGACUGAAAGCUGAAGUGGAAAAACAAAGCAAAAAAUUGGAAAAGAAGAAGGAAACAAUAACUGAAUCAGCAGGACGACAGCAAAAAAAGAAAAUAGAGAGGCAAGAGGAGAAGCUGAAGAACAACAACAGGGACCUGUCGAUGGUUCGAAUGAAGUCCAUGUUUGCGAUUGGCUUUUGCUUUACCGCCCUCAUGGGAAUGUUUAACUCCAUUGAUCUUUUCUCUUCCAGAUUUGACGGCCGGGUGGUGGCAAAACUUCCUUUUAUCCCCCUCUCCUACAUCCAGGGCCUGUCCCAUCGCAACCUGCUGGGGGAGGAUUACACUGACUGCUCCUUCAUCUUCCUCUAUAUUCUCUGCACCAUGUCUAUCCGGCAGAUCUCUGUUGCUUCUUCCUCUGGAGGUGCCAAGGGACUUAGAAACCCUUACACCAGGUCAGCAGAGGAAAUGACUCUUGUGCCAACUUCUAGCAGAGGGGUCAGGAUGGGCUUGAUGAAAUGGUUCAAUAAAAGAAUGAAAGCUCCUUUACCUCAGAAUAAGUACAUAUUAAUGGCUCAAACAGAUUCUCUCCCUCCUUCCACAGCAAGAUCCUUCAUUACAUCAGAUCUGUGUCCAAUCUUGUGUAAAGGAACAAGGCAUACAAAUUAGCAAAAGCCAUCAAGUCCACCGACCCCUAAUAAAAUGCUGUCAGCACAGCAGAUCUUGUCCAGUGCUCUUUCCCUGACCUGGAACUAGAAUAGCAGGUGUUGUUGUGUGCUGAAGGGUUUGUCUAGUUUUUGUGUCACCCAUUGGGAAGCUUUUGUGUUGUUUCUACAGUGACUGCCCCCCAGUGAAUCUCACGCCAGAUAGCCUGUGGUUUGCAGUACCCUGGGGAAACUCUCCCUGCCAUCAGUCUCUGUUGCAAUGUGCUCUACGCCUUUCUGUUUUGACACCAGUAGACUUUCUUUUGCACCCUGAAAGGCCACGAGCAGUCAGAGUGAAACUCAGAUUGUGCUGGCUGCUGCAUGUCUUCUCUGCACCAGUUGGAUACUUGGAGAAUUCGGUGGCUGAAAAAUCCCAAGUGGCUUUUUUGUAUGUUUUUAAAAUAAAAAAAAUCCCAGUGCAUUCCAGUUUUGAUGAUUUCCUGCUGUCACCUUCUGCGAUGAAACAGACUAGAAGUAGUGCGAAGUGAAUGGCUAGGCAUAAAUACCUGGGUUGUUCAGCUUGUUCAGUCCAACAAGCCUUCAACAGAAAAUUCCAGGAAGGGUCUUUACUUGUGACCAAGAGUCCCGGCUAAUGGCCUGGUCGGGGGAGUAGCACCGUUGCCUUGGAAAGGGUAUUUCAGCUGUGUAGCUUCAUAUGCCGCAGCCUCUCUACUUUAACGCUUUUUUUUAUUCCCUGUAGAACUGAUGUACUUUGUGUUCCCAGCACUGCAUUAAAAGAGGUAGCUGCUCUUUUCAUACUCAAGUCUUUACCUCUAAGCUGUAGUUUAAACCGGCCCCCAUGGAGCUGGGAGGUGGAGGAAUCCCUCUACAUUCCAUGAGGGCAAUAGCCCAAGAGAAGAGCUGCAGUGAGGUGGGGCACUGGAAUUAAAUAGUGGGAGAGCAGGGGAAGAUCCCAGAGUCCAUUUAGGGGGAUGGGUGUGGGAGAAAAUCCCCAGAACUCAUUAAGUUGAGGCAGAGCCUGGAUUUAGUUCAGGGUGUGAGUGUCUCAAUCUGCUUUGAGGGAGGGAGAGGACUAACUGGUGGGGAGCGAUUUAAACAGGCAUUGCUUAUGGGGUGGGGAGUGGUAGCACAGCUAUGCUUCACCUAGGCUGUUAGUCCUGAGCCCUGAGUUUCCUGAAGCUCUGGCUUGACACCUUUUUGUCUGUGACCUGGGGCCAGCAUCUCCAGAAAUAUCCAACUUGCAGUGAGUAACUUCCUCUGUGCUGUUCCCGUCUCCCCCUGCACGUAAAUCCUGUCCGGUGGUUUCUCGUGCCUUCCUGUUUGGAGAGAGGACUGCUGCUGGGAGAGGCUUUCUGCAGCCCUUGAGCUGCUGCCUUUCAGCUGGGGAAGUCUGCUGCUGAAUUGGGUGUGAUGCAGAAUGUUAGUUAUAUCCUCUGCCCCUCCUCCUGUUAGUGCACCUGUCCUGUUUAUGUUGAGUAAUAAACCUUUAUUACACAAGCGACAGAGUCCUAUGGCACCUGAUAGACUAACAGACGUAUUGGAGCAUAAGCUUUCUCUGGUGAAUACCCACUUUGUCAGACGCAUGUAGUGGAAAUUUCCAGAGGCAGGUAUAAAUAUGCAGGCACAAAUCUGAUCUGGUUAGGUCCUGUGAUGAUGUCGCUGGUGUAGAUAUGUGGGCAGAGUUGGCAUCAAGGUUUGUUGCAUGGAUUGGUUCCUGAGUUAGUUACUAUGGUGUGGUGUGUGGUUGCUGGUAAGAAUAUGCUUAAGGUUAGUGGUUUGUCUGUGGGUGAGGACUGGCCUGCCUCCCAAGGCCUGUGAAAGCAAAGGAUCAUUGUCCAGGAUGGGUUGUAGAUCACUGAUGAUGCAUUGGAGAGGUUUUAGCUGAGGACAAUAGGUAGUGGCCAGUGGAGUUCUGUUGGUUUCUUUCUUGGGCUUGUCUUGCAGCAGGAGGCUUCUUCCCUUGCAACUAGAAGAGGGCCUCAUCCUCCCUGACUGAACUAACCUCGUUAUCUCUAGACUGAUUCUUGCCUGCAUAUUUAUACCUGCCUUUGGAAAUUUCCACCACAUGCGUCUGACAAAGUGGGUAUUCACCCAUGAAAGCUUAUGCUCCAAUACUUCUGUUAGUCUAUAAGGUGCCAUAGGCCUCUUUGUCACUUUUUACAGAUCCAGACUAACACGGCUACCCCUCUGAUGCUUGAUACCAUCACAGGACCUAACCCGAUCAGCCACGACAUCACCGGUUCAUUCACUUGGAUGAAUCACACCAAUGUAAUAUACGCCAUCGUUCCAGCAAUGCCUCUCUGCUAUGUACAUCGGCCAAACUGGACAAUCCCUAUGUAAAAGGAUAAAUGGACACAAGUCAGAUAUUAGGAAUGGCAAUAUACAAAAACCUAUAGGAGAACUCUUCAACCUCCCUGGGGACACAAUAGCAGAUUUAAAACUUCUAGACCAGACUUCAAAGAGAAACUACUGAACUUCAGUUCAUUUGCAAAUUUGUUUAAUCCUGAGCUGAUGGUGUCAGUCUGUUAUUGAGUGACCAGGGAGAUUGACGUGUUCUCCUACUGGUUUUUGAAUGUUAUGAUUCCUGAUGUCAGAUUUGUGUUCAUUUAUUCCUUUGUGUAGAAAGUGGCAAUUCUUCAACAAAAAAACUUCAAAAACAGAUUGCAAUGUGAAACUGCAGAACUGGAAUUAAUCUGCAAACUGGACACCAUCAGAUCAGGCCUGAAUUAAGACUGAGUGAGGCUGGGUCAUUACAAAACCUAAACCUAAUUUCCCCAAUACUAAUUUCCACCUCACACACCUUCUUGUCAACUGUCUGAAAUGGGCCCCUCUCGUUACCCCUUUAAAAGUUAUUGUUCCUCCCUUGGUAUCCUGCUGUCAAUUGAAUUGUCUCCUUAGACUGACCUCACACGUGGUAAGACAAACCACAUCUUUUCAUAUAUUUAUACCUGCUCCUGUAUUUUCCACUACAUGCAUCUGAUGAAGUGGGUUCUAGCCCACAAAAUUUGUUAGUCUCUAAGGUGCCAUAAGGACGACUCAUUGUUUUGGUGAUACAGACUAACGUGGCUACCACUCUGAAACCUGUUGAUAGGUAGGUCUACUGUACCAUGUGUCUUAGGAGAGAAAACACUGUUUCCAUCUACAUCAUUAGCAAAGAAAUCAGUUCUGUACUCAGACUUUUGGCAAGAGCUCAGCAAUUCCUCUGGUGGCCGAGUGCGUGAGCCACUUCUGAUUGUUUUGUAUGAGAUCCUUCCUGUCUCGGUUGCAGAUUCUCAGGCUUUAAUUACAGCCUCCCUUGACAGUGGUUUUUGGAAUGUGUGAAAACAGAGAAGUGCUGCUCCUAGAUUUUCUGCCUGUAAGCAGAGAACAGGAAGCUGCUACUGCGUAUGCAUUGUAGUUGAAUUGCAAAGAUAUCUAAUGUUGUUACCAUCUUAAUUUAAAGAAAACAAAAUAGGCAAAGGCUGCAGCCUGCAACAAGAACUCUAUUACCUGCCCAUUGCCUUUAUGACUUAUGUAGGUGAAGGUGAAAUUGAAUUGCAGCCCUGGAUUGGACCCCACUUCACCUGUGGGAAGCUUGAUCAGGAAACAAACUCUGGAGCUUAGGCCCACCUCUAAUUGCAGUUAAUUAUGCAUAUAAAUCAGUUAAUCUCUCUUGGUUGCAUUUCUUCUGGGCUCUUUUGCAUGGAUACAGAUAUAUCACAUACAGGGGCACACCAGCGGGAGGUCCCCGGUCUUGCAGAUUCGGCAGCGCACCUGCGGGAGGUCCUGCAGAUUCAGUGGCAUGCCUGCAGGAGGUCCCCGGUCCCGUGCAUUCAGUGGCAUGCCUGCAGGAGGUCCGCUGGUCCCACGGCUUUGGCAUACUGACCGCUGAAUUGCCACCGAAUCCGUGGGACCGGCGGACCUCCCGCAGGGAAGCUGCAGAAGGCUGCCUGACUGCCGCUCUCGCAUAGACCAGCAGGCUGCGCCGCACCCCCCACCCCACCGCAGCUUGCCGUCCCAGGCACAUGCUUGGAGCACUGGAGCCGCCGCUGAUCACAUCUAUACACUGGAUAAACUGAGUUGUAAAACCCUGGAGGUUGAAGUUAAUGAGAGGUUUGCCACUGGUCUAAACGGAACCAGGAUUUCACCUGUGUAUUGGCUUCCUUUUCACCACACCAGCAUCACAUCAUUCUGUUUUU